AUGGAUUUGGAUAUUGACAUGGAUGAUGGCGCCGCCGGCGAGGUUUUCCAAGAAGUUCAUGAGGAUCUCCCUCGAGGCGACGAUAUCUUGGUACCGGACGAGCCAGAAGAGCCAGGCGAAGUGGCUGAUGAUGGAGAAGUGAAUGAAGACGACGCGUCAAACACCAUUGUUCCCACAAAGAUUCACAUAAGAGGACUCGACAAUCUACACACCGACGAUAUAAAAUCAUAUGUCAAAGCCCAUUAUGGGAAUGUGGAUAGGGUAGAGUGGAUUGACGACACCUCAGCAAAUCUCGUCUUCAGCUCUGAACCUUCUGCGCGCGAUGCCAUUGUCGCUCUCAGUGCUAUUGAUAUUGCAGAUGCAACGGCGCUGGGCGCGGGCGAGACUGUCCCCGCCAAGGCUCUCGAAGGAAAACCUGAAACUUCUCUGCAGAUUCGCUUUGCGACGGAAGCCGACAAAAAGCAGGCUGGCGCGGCGCUUCGGAGCCGAUAUUACCUUUUGCACCCCGAGCACGAUCCGGAAGAAAGGCGACGCCGGCACCAAGAAAACCGUUCUCGAUAUCGCGACCGUGACAACCGGGGAACAUCAGGACGACGGAGACGUUAUUCAGACGACGAGAUUGAAACUUUUGAGGCAAGCAUGUACGACGAUGCGCCGCGAGCUUCCAAAGAUGACAGGUCAUUGGCUCAAGAAAGUAACCGCGGCAAAGAGCUAUUCUCAGGCCGCAGCAUUGGGCGACCAACCUCUAGGAGGGACAGAUCAGCAUCUCCGCGCCGCGAUGACGAUGGAGACGCAGCUAUGGAUGGGUUUGCCAGCUCGUCAGGUAAUAGAGAAAAGGCUCGAUCUAUAAGAGGCCGCCUCGCAAACGAAACAAGAUCGAAAGAACUUUUCCCCACCAAGCCGUCUAAUAGAGGUGGAGGUGGACAGCUAGACCAGCUGGAAAAGUCCAUUGGCUCGGCUCACUUGAAAGAGGAGGAUAUGCCCAAGAUUGUCGCCGAAGCAACAGGUGAUGGCUUAAACAUUCGGGGUGCCGCUAAUCAACGAGCGGGGGGCAGGGACAGCGGCUUCUCCAUCAAGGGAGCAGCCAACGCGCAAGAGCUAUUUCCUGGAAAAUUUGGAUCAGGCAAUGCAGGCAAGGAAUUAUUCAGUGCGAAUCAACCGAAAAGGAGACAGAAGGCCGAAGACUUGUUCUCAUGA